UUUCUAAUAAAUUCUUUAAAAAUCAGACAAUGUGAUUUUCUGGAUUUUUUUUUCCUCAUAGGUGAGGUAUACCUAUGAUGAAAAUUACAGCCCUCUCUCAUCUUUUUAAGUGAGAGAACUUGCACAAUUGGUGGCUGACUAAAUACUUUUUUGCCCCACUGUAGUUGGUGUUCUGAUGGGACAAGCUGAAUGUCGCAACAAACACAAACUGUGACGCUGAAGAAACCUAUCAAAUGAGAACAAACAUCGACUGAAUACCCAAACCCAGCGCGUGAUGAUUAGGACACGUGCGCGCGCACCCACGCACGCACGCACAAACACACACACACACACACAGACCCCUCGCCUCACUAUAGAGCUCAGCUGCUCAGCUAUGCUAUUUCCCACAAUAACAUCUUGUGGCUGUGUCCACUUGGUCGGCCGGGCUGAAGCGAGGUUGAGCACCUCUCCUGCUUUUAGUUCGUCAACUGUAGGAUAAGCUUGUCAUCAGCACUUGGAACCAUGUGGUGCAAAUUCAUCAAGCUCCUACUCCUUCUGGGCAUCUGCGAUUUGGGCUGGGGUGCCAUCCAGAGACCAGACUACGACGACACGGCCACGCCGGUGUUCCUCAACCCGUCCUGGAUGGCGAACAUCCCUGACGAGCGGCCCCUGUCCGAGAUCACCAUGCCGGGGACCCAUAACACCAUGGCGCUGCACGGCGGGGUCUACGCCGAGUGCCAGACGUGGAGCCUGGCGUCACAGCUGCGUGCCGGCGUCCGCUUCCUGGAUGUGCGCGUGCGCCACGUGGAGGGCAACCUCACCAUCCACCACGGGCUGGUCUACCAGCACGCCCACUUCGGCCACGUGCUGGAGGGUGUGCAAGACUUCUUGGCAAGUUACCCGAGCGAGACGGUGCUGAUGCGCAUCAAGGAGGAGCUGAGCGAGACCGACAAUAUUUACGGGGCAGUGGUGGAGCACGUAUGGCGCUACGCCCGCUGGGAGAUGUUGUGGCACAGCCGCCUGGUGCCCACCAUGGGCCAGGCGCGAGGUAAGCUCGUCAUCCUGCAGGACUUUCUCGGGCCGGACUUAGGGAUGCGCUAUGCCUCCAUGGACAUCGCUGACGACUGGAAGGUUCCCACACUUCUGCACGUGGAGGAGAAGUGGCAGAGCGUCUACAAGCACCUGGAGGCGGCGCCCACGGGGAACAAGGACCAGAUCUUCCUCACCUACAGCAGCGGGACCGGCGUCUUUGCCGUGCCGAGAGCUGUGGCACAACGUGUCAAUCCUCAGCUGUACAACUACCUGAAGGCCAAGACCGACCUGAACCAGCGCUUUGGGAUAAUAUGCAUGGACUUCCCAGCUGCUCCCCUGAUUCAAACCAUCAUUGAUUUCCAGCUAAAGGCAGGAGUGGGCAAGCUACCUUCGAUGCGGCUGGAAUUAUUUUUUCAUUUAAAAAAGUCACCAAAUGUCCCCUGAUUGGAAAAAGGUUCCCCAUCUUGUUUUAAUCAACAUUGACUUCAACAAGUCUCUUCUUGCUCCCUUAAUCAUUAAUUCUACAGUGAUCAUCGUAGACUUUAAUUCUCAAAACAAAAACCAUUAACAUUCGGAACUAUAUUUGUGUUUUGAGCCAAUAAAGCCAUACACAAAUGCA